CUGUUUUGCUUUGUUCCCUCCUGUCCAGGAAGGCGAUGGAGGGGCUGUUGGCCCUUAGUGACGAUGGCUGUUCUCCCAUUUCCAUCCAGCAGAUGGCCUACGUGGCUGGCCUAGGCUUCGGGCUCAUGAGCGGGGCCUUCUCCAUGAUCAACCUGCUGGCAGACUCCCUUGGACCGGGCACGGUGGGCAUCCACGGGGACUCCGAGCUCUACUUCCUGACUUCAGCCUUUAUGACGCUAGCCAUGAUCCUUCUGCACACCUUCUGGGGAAUCAUCUUCUUCCACGGCUGCGAGACCCGGCGGUGGUGGGAAGUCGGCGCGGUUGUGCUCGCUCACCUCGUCGUCUCUUGCCUCACCUUCUGGAAUCCGUUUUACGUGGGCAGCCUCCUCCCCGCCUACCUGAUCAUGGCAGCGGCAGCAGUGUGGGCCUACCUGCUCUCCGGGGGCUCGAAGCAGAACCUGCGCCACUUCCUCUUAUGCCUGCGGAGUGGGGUGAUGACACAGCCGGGAUCCUGAGCCCUCUGCGCCCCGCAGCUGCCGUGCCUUCAGAAGCGAUUCUCAGCCUCGCAGGGGCCAACAUGUGGGGCCUGGGAUCAAGGGGAGACGGGACUUGCACCCCCAACCGCUUUUGGGGACCACUGUGUUGAGGCUCUUGGGCGCCUGCCCCCAAACCACAGGAGGCCCUGCAGCCCUCCCGAAUUCUGCUGGUGGCUGCCCCCCAGUCUUGGGGAUCAGGAAGCGGGAGGGGGAGGGGAGGAGGUUUCUGGCAGGCGUGGGGCUGGGCCUCUGCUUGUUUCUGCUGUGCGCCCCUGGAGAGCCCCCUGGAAGGUGCGGGGCCUUGCCUGGCGCGCCAGAGGCGGGCUUCCCCCCACCGGCCCCUUGGCUUUAUGGCUGGCAAAGCAGCUCUACACGCCGAUACGAAUAAAGGAAGCCUGGACAAGG